AUGGCGGUUAAAGAACUCGUUCUUGACAACUGUAGGUCAUACGAAGGCAAAAUCGAAGGCCUUACAGAUGAGUUUGAAGAGCUGGAAUUCUUAAGUACAAUCAACGUAGGCUUAACCUCAGUUGCAAACUUACCAAAGUUAAACAAACUUAAGAAGCUCGAGCUAAGUGACAACAGAAUCUCAGGAGGACUGGAAGUGUUGGCAGAAAAGUGUCCAAACCUCACGCAUCUAAAUCUAAGCGGCAACAAAAUAAAAGAUCUCGGUACAAUAGAACCGCUGAAAAAGUUAGAAAACCUGAAGAGUCUAGAUCUUUUCAAUUGCGAGGUAACCAACUUGAAUGAUUAUAGAGAAAACGUAUUCAAGCUCCUCCCGCAACUCACAUACCUCGACGGCUACGAUCGGGAUGACAAAGAAGCACCGGACUCUGAUGCAGAGGGCUACGUGGAGGGCUUAGACGACGAGGAGGAAGAUGAAGAUGUGAAAGAUCGGGAUGACAAAGAAGCACCGGACUCUGAUGCAGAGGGCUACGUGGAGGGCUUAGACGACGAGGAGGAAGAUGAAGAUGAAGAGGAGUACGAUGAUGACGCUCAGGUAGUAGAAGAUGAAGAAGACGAGGAGGAAGAGGAGGAAGGAGAAGAGGAGGAUGUGAGCGGAGAAGAGGAGGAGGAUGAAGAAGGCUACAACGAUGGUGAGGUAGACGAUGAUGAAGAUGAAGAAGAGCCCGAUGAAGAACGGGGACAGAAGAGAAAACGAGAACCUGAAGACGAAGGGGAUGAAGACGACUAAACUGAAUAACCUAUUUUGAAAAUUUCCUAUUGUGAUUUGACUGUUUUUACCCUGUAUUUCCCCUCCCCACACCCCCCAACCUUUUUUUUUCUUUUUUUUUUUUUUUUUUUUUGUUUUUAAUGUUGCUGUGGGAACGAGAGGGAGAAGCAGACUGGGUGGGCAAGGGAAUAAAAUACUAUUUUUACUGCCACUCCUCCUCCUAUUCAUUUUAAAUUUUUUCUUUUUGUCCCUCUCUUAGUCCCUGUAACUGCAAUAGUAAGUAUAAACCAAGUGGUAAUUUGUUUCUUAUUAUUGGAGUGGAUAGUUUGACAUCUUUUAAAAAAAAAAAAAAAAAAGAAAAAAGACAAAAAAGUGUAAGAUCAGUGGAUGAUACCCCAAAUACAGAUACUCUGUUCUGAGACAGCUGAAUAGCAUUGGUUGUUGGGAUUCUUCCACCGCUGCCAGUCACUAACUACAUUGUAAGCGUUUUUUGGGGGAUGCUGCAAAUCUGGGCAAAGCAUCCCUCCACAGCAACAGGUGUGAGAAUGGCAUAUUGAUAAAGUGAUUUAUUUGUUGCCUGUCCGUGAAUGACUGCCAUUUUCAGCCAAUGCUUUCCCUGCUUUUGUAGGUACCUUUUAUUUUUGCUGUUUGUAAAUAGUGACCAAAUGUUUUUGUUGGUUUUUUUGGGGUGUUCCUUUGGAUCUGGUUUGUGGGGUGAAUUUGCAGUCCCCCCCCUUCCCCGCCCUGUGUGUUGUGUGUUUUCCUUUCUGUUUGUUUUUGGGUUUUUUUGGCUAGGGUAUAGCCAAUACACUGAAAAUGGCAGGCAUUUAA